UGUGUGAGAGUUCUGAUUGCGAGUCCUUUCAAAUUCCGAGAAAUCGUCUGAAGUGGGGCCCAUAUAUAUAGAACCAUUGAAAUAUAUAUCUCAAGGGGAAAUCGGGGCAACGCCGGGGCGUCCAAUAUGGAUGGCUAACAGCGGGGCGACGAACUUAACCUCAAAUCCUGGGCCAAAAAUCCAAACGUGACGAAAGACAACAAAGCAAACAAAGCGAAUAAGGGCGCGCCCACAAGGAGGCCAAGGCCAAGAAGCUGCUCGACAUGGUGAAGAAGCGACAGGCGGACAGCCACGACCACGACCAGAGCUCAACGGACUCCGGCGACGAGGAGCUGCACCACCGCAAUGCACUUGGUUCCGCCGGACAGGCGGAGGGAGCCACGCCCACCUCCGCCAGCUGCCAGCACAUCAAGAAGGCGGUGGAUGCGGCCGGACUUCGGCGGGUCCUGAAACCGACGGGUCUCCUGUACGAGUGCUCCCAGUGCCUGAAGCUGGGCAAGACGACGACCGGCCCAGACGGAGCAGCUCGGUCCUCCGGCGCAGCUGGCGGAGAACCCGGGGACAUUGAGUUUGACAGCACACUGUGGCUGUGCCUCAAGUGCGGCAGCCAACUGUGCGGAAGGUCCCGGCACAAGCACGCCCUGGAGCACUACCAGACUCCCCACUCGGGCUCGCAUGCUCUGGCCAUGAACACGCGCUCCUUUGACAUCUGGUGCUACGAGUGCGACAUGAAGAUCUGCUCCAAUCUGCGCAAGAACCUGCUCGAGUGCGUGGAGCUGGUCAAGCGGCUGGCCCAGAAGCCGCCCACCAACACCGCCACGCCCGUUCCGCCCGCCAUCGUCUACCUCCAGGAGAAGAUUAAGUCCACGCUGGAGCACCUUACGCCCAUGGUGCCCAUGACGGGCGGAUCCUUCGAGGAAGUUGGCGGCGGAGCAGGCGCCGCUGGCGGAGGAACCCGGAGCAGCCAGGUGGCCAUUCCGAUGCCACCGCCGCCCAGCUCGGGACAUUCCUCCGCCGGCUCGCUGAGCAGUGUGCCAGGAAUGGCCAAAAGGAUUGGCGGCACCUUGGCAAGCGCCACAGCCACCGCUACCGCCAAUGGCAACAGCCGGCUCCUGACUGUGGAGUUGCCACGCAACGAACUGGACCGACUGCCCAGGGUGCGGGGACUGACUAAUCUGGGCAACACUUGCUUCUUCAAUGCGGUGAUGCAGUGCCUCGCCCAGACGCCGUUCCUACUCUCCGUUCUAAGGGAACUGGCGGAGCCGGGAGAGGAAUUCGUUUUGCCCGGCGGCACCUUCAAGCUGAAGGACAAGGGCGACAUUGAGCUACCCAUGAUCAAGGGCACCCUCUCCUCCUGGGGCGGACUCACCGCCGCUUUGGCCCAAGCCCUCGAGGAGCUCCAGGCGGGCGGCAGUGUGUUCACGCCCAGCAAGCUCUUCGAAAAGCUGUGCAUCAAGUGUCCGCAGUUCACGGGCGGCGAUCAGCACGAUGCCCACGAGCUGUUGCGCCAGCUGCUGGAAAGUGUGCGGAACGAGGAUUUGAAGCGCUACCAGCGCGUCAUACUGCAGAACCUCGGCUACAAGGACCAGGACAUUAACAGUGUGUCGGAGGUGAUGCGCCAGAAAUGCAAGAUCUACGGCAACCAGGCCGGCGACCGCAUCCUGCGCCCAGAGCAGGUGUUCCGCGGCUUCCUCGUGUCGACGCUGACGUGCCAGGACUGCCACAGCGUGUCCUCGCGGCACGAGUACUUCCUGGACAUGUCGCUGCCUGUGGCCGUGGAGAAGCCCCAGCCGCCGCAGCGUCGCAAGCCGAGCCCGGAGCUUUCGCUGGCGGCCAGCGGCUCCAGCGUCAGCUCCUCCGCCCAGAACCAGACCGCCGCCAGUCAGCCGGCGAUCAACACCAAGUUCACGGAGGGCAGCGUCAACUUCACGGUCUCGUCGUCGUCGUCCUUCUUCCUGCACGCCGAUCAGGAGGGAGCCCUGGGCCCUUCCAAGUCGCAGGUGAAGAAGGAGAAGGAGCGCGAGCGCAAGGCCAAGAGGGCGGCCAAGAACCAGCGCCACAAGCAGGCCCAGAAGCUGAGCCUCAAGCUGAACGGCAAUGCUAGCGGCGGCGGAGGAAAUGUCAAUGGUUUCGUGAAGUCAGCGGAAUCGCCGGACCCAGCGCUGGCCUCCUUGGGCGCAUCUGGCGACGCUGGCCAGGACAGCAAUGUCCCCGAACAGCCCAAGGACCAGACCGCCGAGGACACCACCUCGUCCAGCGUGACCACCUCGGAGCAUUCCGACGCCGAUGUGGAGGACAAUCUGGUGGAAGACACCGCCCCGCCCUCGACCAACAAUGCGUCGUCGAGCACCUCCGCAUCCGCUUCCUCGGCCGGUGGUUCGGCCAAGUUCUACACGGACAGCAACGGCAAUGCCCAGCCGCUAAACGAGAAGCGCGACGACACGCCGGAGCACAUGGACAAGGACUCGCUGGAGGAGGACGAGAAUGACUCGGGUAUCGCCACUAGUCCGGCACCCACCGCCAGCAACAGCAGCACGAGCACCAAUGCCACCAACGACACCAACUCUACGGGCAACAACAAUGCGGGUUUCAGAUCCGGAUCUUCGGGAUCAUCGGGCGCCCUGGAGGAGGCCUCUGCGCCCGCGAGCCUGGUCAGUGCAGGCCUCUCCGAGAAGGGGGCAUCCCUGAUCCGCCAGAUAUCGGUGGGAGGUGGCGAGCAGCAGGGCGCACUCAAUGGCGCUGCAGGGGAGGCAACCGCGCAGCCGGAUGAUACCGCCAGCCAGACACAGAAUCAGCCACAAAGCCAGAACCAGGCCCAGACCCAGACCCAAACCCAAACCGAAGCUCAGGCUGUGGCCCAAGCCCAGGCCCGUGCGAAGCGGGUGCGCACGCAGAGCUACUCGGACUGGAGCACCACGAUAGCACCGCGCUACCAGUGCGAGGAUGGCGAGUGCUCCGUGCAGUCCUGCAUGAACAACUUCACGGCCGUGGAGCUGAUGACGGGCCAAAACAAGGUGGGCUGCGACAGCUGCACGCUGCGGAUCAACGGCAGCGAUCCGAAGGCCAAGUCGGUGAACACCAAUGCCACCAAGCAGCUGCUCGUGUCCAGUCCGCCGGCGGUGCUCAUUCUGCACCUGAAGCGCUUCCAGCUGGGCCCGCGCUGCAUCUUCCGCAAGCUGACGCGUCCGGUGAGCUAUCCCAAUCUGCUGGACAUCGCCGCCUUCUGCGGCUCCAAGGUGAAGAACCUGCCGAACAUUGAUCGCAAGCAGAAGAAGCUGCUGUACGCUCUGUACGGCGUGGUGGAGCACUCCGGCGGCAUGUACGGCGGCCACUACACGGCGUACGUGAAGGUGAGGCCCAAGGUGACGCCGGAGGACAAGCGCUGGAAGUUCCUGCCGCACGGCAGCAAGGCGGAGCUCGACCAGGACGAUGACCAGCUCAAGAAACUGGAGGAGCUGCUGGCCAAGGAGAAGGCGCGCGAGAUGCAUCUGCAUGCGAUGGACGACAGCGACGACUUCACCAACUCCAGCAGUAACUCAUCGACCUCCGACGAGGGCAAUGCCCCGGCCACGCCCCUCGAAGAGCAGUCGCCGCAGCAGCAAACGCCACAGGAGGAGGCCGCCCACGUGCAGGCGCCGCCGGGCAAAUGGUAUUACGUGUCCGACUCCCGCGUCCAGGAGGUCAGCGAGGACACGGCGCUGAAGGCCCAGGCGUAUCUGCUUUUCUACGAGCGCAUCUACUAGACCCUCGAUGAUAAGAUCCUUGGGGAAUGAGUAUAAGGAUGAGGAUAAGGAUGAGGACGAGUGAUGAGUAGGAACAUAGGAACAUGUCGCGGGAGUCUAACCGGGAAGGGGAGUCUGACAGAUGAUUUGUUCCAUCAACUAGCUUAGGACCAUGCUAUACAUAUACAUUUAUUAAUUUUAAUUUUUUUUUUCGCUGGGUUCGUUGUUAGUUUCGCUCCCCUUCCCCAAAAGUCCAACUUUUGUUUAUUAUUAAUUUUUUGAAAACUGCAUUUCCCGUUGGACUGAUGACGCAGAAAGAGACAGAGUGGCGGAGAAAGUGAAAGAGAAGGCAGAUACUCACACAUGCCAAAUGCAUUUGGUUUCUCCCACUCAAAAUUCAUUGUACAAUUUUGGUUAACUUUUUUGGGACAAGCUUUAGUUAGUUAAAGGAAACGGAGGAAGACACACGCGCACUCAUUUUAAAUUUCAGGAGUUUUGGAUAUUGUUUAGUUUUAGAUUUAUUUUUUUAUUAGUAGUUUUCGAAAAGACACUAAAGGGAAAUUAAAAUGUUUAUUGGUUGCAAGUUCUCUUGGUUCCAACAUUGUCCAGAACUAUGACAGAACGUUACUUAAACCACACACACACCAUAAACUUAAGAAAAGCUCGGAAAAACCUAAAGAAGAUCGCCGUAAACUGAAUAUCCAAACCAACAAGAAAUACGAAGGGAAAACGAGAAGGAAUAAAGCCAAGAGAAAAACUAUUUGCUGAUGUUCAUAAGUUAUAACGAAUACGAAUGAAAUAAAUACAACCAAUUGCUCGCUUCUGCCAAUAAA